AAUUUCUUAACCCCUGAUUUCAGUUUCAAUGGGAGACGACGAUGUGGGUUCAUCUGCUGCCUCCCCAGCCCCCUUCCUGGACAAACGCCAGCAAUGCCAGGACAUUAUCCAGAAAAAUAUCAAAAAAAAUUCCAAGGUGAAAUUUCUAAUCGAGAAUUUGGAGAAAUCUGGCUGCCGUAUCGGACGCCAUUUCAUAAGGGCCGUCAAUUGCGAUCAACCUGCUGCUGGCGGAUUCGCGAGGGCAUAUGGAAUUGAAAUAUGCAGUAAUUACUUGCAUAUGGAAGACGAGGUGGUACAAGCGAUGAUUCACGAGCUCAUUCACGCAUACGACGACUGUCGUGUUGCCAAUCUCAGAUGGAGCGACAGUAAUCAUCAAGCUUGCAGUGAGAUUAGAGCUAAUCAUCUCAGCGGCGAUUGCCAUUAUGUGAGAGAGAUUCUUCGUGGUCAUCUACAGCUGGAUAAUCUAAAGCUAAAGGGUCAUGAACCUGUAUGUGUGAAGCGGAGAUCAGUGCAAUCAGUGGCUGCAAACCAUUCACCGGCCAAAGCAAAAAUAGCCGUGGAAGCCGUUUGGGAUACUUGUUAUAAUGAUACAGCCCCCUUCGACAGAGUUCCUUGACUACACCUAACACAUUCUUGCUUGAUGAUUUCUCACUUCUCUUGGCCGGGAACUAGACUUAUGUUUUGUUACUUGAGCAUCGUUCUUGAUCCGAAUUGUUGAAUGGUCACUGAAGCUGUGACAUCUAUAUGCAGAAGUUGCACUGUGUCUGUAAUCUGUAUACCCUGAUUCUGUAUUCUUGAACUAUCAUUAAUGGUCAUGUCCAUUUUUGCA